GGCGGCGCGGAGGGCGCGGGCGGCGUGGCGGAGAAGGUGGCGCGCGUGUCGCCCGAGCGCGCCGAGCCGGCCAGCUCCACGACGGGCGCGCCGCCGCCGCCGCCCGCCGCGCGCGCGCCGCCCGACUGGUCCGUGGAGGACGUCAUCGGCUUCAUCGCCGCCGCCGACCUCGCGCUCGCCGCGCACGCCGACCUCUUCCGCAAGCACGAGAUCGACGGAAAGGCACUGCUCCUCCUGAACUCCGACAUGAUGAUGAAGUAUAUGGGGCUGAAACUCGGUCCGGCUCUCAAGAUAUGUAACCUCGUGUCGAAAAUUAAGAAUCGUCGUCAUUACAGCACCUAGCUUAUGUGAUCGCUUGCUCAUAGCCAUGAAACAUAGUUUCUGUCUAUAUCACCUUGCCCAAGUAUUAAAAGCAUUUUUUUUAUUGAUUAAUAUCAAUUAUAGGUUCGUCGUGAAUCUCACUUGUGUGUUUAAAAAUUACGAAAUCAAUGUGGAGUAAAGUAGCAAAUAAUGAAUAAGAUGCAAAAAAAAAAGGUUUAUACUUUUUAAAAUGAAUAUGUGUUUUUCAUCUUGUAAUAUCAUACAUCAUUUGAGAUGAGCGUUUGUAAUUGUGAUGUCUGCACUUUCUCGCCGGCUGAAUAUCAACUUUUUUAUGUCUUCAUUAUAGAUAACGGUGAAUAUCGUCCCGUGUUUAUAUUAAAGAGAUUUUAUAUUUGCUCAACCCCUUUCUAUAGAUAAAUAAUUCAGAGCUAUCGAUGUCACUUUUAUAUUCCUUAAACGCAUAAUAUGAAACUAUCAUGAUAUAUACAUAGUAUAUUUCAGUCGUUUCUUACUUAGAAUUAUCACAAAAAUGUUUCUUUAGUGUAAAUAUAAAGGCGUAGUCAUGUAAAUAUUUUAUUUUGAAUGAGUGGAAAUGCAUUUAAUGUAUGUGCUCAUCAAAUUAAUGCAGUUAGUCCUUCCCUGAUCGCUUCUAUUGUGUUGCUGUGAGAUAAAAUUACACUGUGGAAAUCCUUUAAUAAACCUGAUAAUGGAUUUUCACAUUAAUAAUUAUUUAGAGAUAUAUAAAGAGUAGAAGUAGGUAAUUAAGCAUCUCCACGGUAAUGCUCUUGUUUUAUUUAACUUCAGAUUUUAUCUCACGGUUACACAAUUAUAAUCCUUUGCUAGUCUCGUGGUUGCAAGCUGCAGUACGGCCGCGUACACAUUCUAAAGACCUGACUGAGUAGUUUUAUCAAGCUAAAUUUGAUAUCAUUUAACUUCCAACUAGAUUAUUAUACAUGCAAUGAUAAAAGCGCUGUUUACGCUUUACUUAGCGACUGUACAAAACAACACCCAACAUUUAACUGUACAGAAAUAUAUCGUAGAUUAGGGUCUAGUGCCUUUCGUAUUUAGGUGUACUUAACCUAAAUCAGUUUACUUCAAUGUUAUUUCUAACGGACACCAGUCGCUUUGUGCAUUGUUUGAAAGAUGAAACAACAAUGUGACCUUGGGGCCGUUUUUAUUUUCGGCUUAUUGGUUUUGACCGCGUAAAUACAUAACCUAGUAAUUUAUUCUGUUACUGUGUUUGGAAGUCGAAAGAUAAUUUCAUUACCGCCUGACCUCCACCGGCCUGCAAGCUCUAAGGAGUGACUGGUAUUAUUGUUCCUUCUUGUGUUUGUGCGAAUGGUAAUGAGGUAUUUAAAAGCUGCGUUUUAUUUAAUUUGCCAUUGUCAAGGUUUUAAUAUAAUGUUUAAACAUUUCAUAAUGUGAUAUUUUAAUGUUAUUUGUUAUCGUGAUAAAUGAUUAAUAAUUAAAAAGUAAUAAUUAUUGAAAUUAUGUUGAAUUAAUAUUAAGGGAAUAUAUUAAGUUCAUUCAUGACACGAUAUCCACUUCUAGUUUUCUCGUUUUAAGCAGAGUUGCCAGUUGUUGGUGUAAAUAAAUAUGGAAUUUAUGCUUUGUAUAGGUGUUUUUAAUU